AUGCGGGAAAGCCGUGCAGAUUCUCCGAAAGAGCGAUCUAACCUGCGUCAGGAGAAUAAGAAGCUGCACACAAUGCUGGAGGAACUUGCACACUCGGGUAAGGAGCUGAGUCAUGUGGGUCUCCUGAACGAGGAGCUGCGAGCGGAGCAGGACAGAAUGCUUCCAGAGGAGCUGCUGGUGUUGUUGUCGUCAUGUGAAGAGAGUGAGAGUCAUAAUGAGACUCAUGCUGAGGAGCUGAGUGACGUGCCGCGCACACGCUUUGUUGCGGUGGAGGAAAUGACCGGAUAUGUGCCUCUGUCAAUAACAGGUGAUAACCAGCAAAUUAACAAUUUGUUGUUGUCACAGUAUGAUUUGAAGGAUCUUUGCAGUAGUCAGAGAGAAAUGAAGGAGCAGUUGAAGGAGCUUGUGACUGCACAUAAGCAACUGACGGAUGUAAUCUUGGGGUUUGGUAGGGCUCAGAAGGAUAUGCGGAGUGAAUUUGACAUUGUCCUGCACUCGCAAGCAGAGUCCUUAAGGGUGUGGCCCUCGAAGGGAGCUCACGAUGUUGUGCCUUCCGAAUCCGUCGGGGAACCUGUUUUGCCUGCUAAUGUUUUAAGAUACGAUGCGGUAGAAACGAUGAAUGAAGGGUCGGUUAUGAGAACUGGUCGGAGUCAUGAUGCUGUUGUGUUUGACGUUUCUGGUUCUUUUGAGGGACGCAUUCUUGGAGACAGGGAUACUGCAGUUGUUUGUCCCUCUGUUUCUGCUGGUCGUGAUGACGGUGCGUCAAUGUACUCACAUUCUUCUGAUUCUAUGAAUUGUGGAACUUGCGUUCGCAUGGCUGAAUGUGUGAAGAAACUGCAGGAAAAGGUGGCAUCACAGUCUGAUAUAAUAAAGGGCUAUGUUGAGUGCCAGGAUUCUCUGGUUCAGUCGUUUAGUGACCGUGUGAGAAUAUUGGAAUGUGAUGUUGACAGUAUGCGCGAGGAGCUUCGUAGAAGAGGUGUUGACGAAGAAUAA